AGUAUUCUUCGGCUUGUCGAACAGCAAUGGCGGAGGCAAUGAAGCUAAGUAGAAAUCAUGCUCCUCCCAGUGACUCCAGUAAAAUGUCCAGCUAUACAGACUGUAUGGAUUCGUUACUGCAACUGCUAGCAGACUUCGGGGAAGAGCUGAAAUUUGGGGAUGCUGCUUUGAAAAUAGAUGUCAACCCCAGCGCUGUGAAUCUUCAAUCAUCUCCACCUGCUCAUGUUUACAGCUCAUUACAAGGACAUAUCGCUAAAUUACAGGCUGUUUCAGAAAGCCUAAAGGCGUUGUUGGAUGCUGAUGCAUCCUCUUUAAAGAACACAUCAGAAGAUGCUGUCAUCUCAUCUUCAAGCAGUGCACAGACGGCCACGCAGUCUGAGCACCAUUCGCACAGCUCCGGGGCUACAGAGAGCAAGACGGCGGCUGAUGAUGUCAUGGUUCAGAUCCGAGCUGGGAAGUCAGAGAUUGAGCGAAGAAUAUCUGCAUUUAUGGAACGCAAACAGAUGGAGAUCAAUGAAAACAAUGUACGCGAGUUUUGCAACGUGAUCGACUGCAAUCAGGAAAACAGCUGUGCCAGAACAGAUGCCGUAUUCACUCCUUACCCGGGUUUUAAAAGCCACGUAAAAGUCACACGAGUGGUAAACACUUACGGACCCCAGACCCGUAGUGGGGGAGACCAAGCAGAGGCUGGGGAUAAACAGAGGGGGCCAUUGACGAGAGACUGUGGAAAUGCAGCCAUAGAGGAACGACUCAACAACAUCGAGGCUCACCUCAAACUUGCAGCAGUGGGUCCAGUUCCAUUGAGUGUCUACCAGCGACUCAAGAAGUUGGAGGAUCGUAUACUCGAGUUGGAGGGACUCUCGCCUGAGUACUUUCAAUCCACAAGUCACCUGCACAAACGACAAAAGACGUCCUCUGCUCAGUCCUGCAGCCUGACAGAGCUGGAUGAGAAGAUAAGCGCAGUGAAAGCAGCUCUGCUGAAGAGGGCGACUGAGUUUGGGCCAGAAUUUGGAACAGAUUGUACAUUGUGAUAUAUUCAUAAGCACAAACAAAUACUCGAGUUCAGUUGCUCAAGCAUUCACAGUGUGUCAUCAUUUUCUUUUCCUCCAACUCUCAGCUACUCAUUAGCAGCAUUCUCAUCGUCUGUGUCAUUAAAAACUCCCAAAAACUCUUCAUAUGACAUUUGAUGAUAUUGGAUGGAAAUCAUGUACUGCUAUAACAGUUAAAUGAAAUGUAAAUUUUCUGUAAAUAAAUCUAUAUUUUCCU